UCCACCGCCCCUCCCCCCUGCGCUCUGACCAACUCUCCUCCGGCGUGACGUCUCUCGCGACGUCCCGGACGGGACGCGACUUUGACGGCCCCAACCUCCGACGGACGGACGGACGGAGCGCAGCUCAGCGCGCCCGGCUGGAGGAGGCCUUCCUGGGCGAGCCUUACCUGGACCCGCGUGGACGCCUGCUGCUCGCGUUCGCCAUCAACAUUCCGCCGCAGAAGGUCAAGAUUUGGUUCCAAAACCGACGAGCCAAGUUGCGACGGCUGAGGCAGGAAGCGGCGUGGACGAUGUACGGCGUCGCCACGGAUACCGUCGCCACGGACACCGUCGUCACGGACACCGUCGCCACGGACGUCGUCGCCAUGGACACCGUCGCCACGGACACCGUCGUCACGGACGUCGUCGCCACGGACGUCGUUGCCACGGACUUCGUCGCCAUGGACACCGUCGCCACGGACACCGUCGCCACGGACGUCGUCGCCAUGGACACCGUCGCCACGGACACCGUCGCCACGGACGUCGUCGCCAUGGACACCGUCGCCACGGACGUCGUCGUCACGGACGUCGUCGUCACGGACACCGUCGCCACGGACGUCGUCGCCACGGAUACCGUCGCCACGGACACCAUCACCACGGACGCCGUCACCACGUCUACCACCACCACCGUCACCACCACCACGGCCACCACCACCACGGCCACCACCACCACCGUCACCAGCACCACGGCUGCAAUGAGACGACAGCAGCAGCAACAGCUGCAGCAGCAGCAGCGGCAGCUGUGGCAGCAGCAGCUGCUGUGGCAGCAGCAGCAGCAGGAGCUGCAGCAGCAGCAGCGGCAGCGGCAGGAGCUGGUGGUGGUGGUGGAACGCGAGAUCCCCGCGCGCUCCGCCAACCCCUACGUGGGGAGCAGCACCGGCAAGGUCGACUCGGCCUCAAACGAGUGGUUCCCCCCCGCCGGUUGGCGGGAACCCGCCGGUCACGACGCUCUCAAGCGCAGACGCUCGCACCGUCCGUGUGGUGGUGGCGGUGGUGACGGUGGUGGUGACGGUGGUGACCACAACCGCGGCUGCUUCGGCUGCUGUUUCUACGAGGAGCCCGUCCUGAAACAGGCCCUGGUCUGUAACGACGUUGCCGCACGCGACCGCUCCUUCAACAUCGCCGCUGAAGUGAACCACUCAGCGCGGAACGGUGGCCACUACCACCACGGUGGUAGUAGUGGUGGUGGUGGUUGUGGUGGUGGUAGUUGGUAUGAUGGUGGUGGUGGUAGUUGGUAUGAUGGUAGUGGUGGUUGUGGUAGUGGUGGUGGUGGUAGUUGGUAUGAUGGUGGUGGUGGUGGUUGUGGUAGUGGUGGUGGUGGUAGUUGGUAUGAUGGUGGUGGUAGUUGGUAUGAUGGUGGUGGUGGUUGUGGUGGUGGUGGUGGUUGUGGUAGUGGUGGUGGUAGUUGGUAUGAUGGUGAUGGUGGUUAGUAUCAUGGUGGUGGUGGUUGAGAUUGACUUUCCACAGUGAUGUAUAAUAAAACCUGUUACGAGUUCUACCUGCCUCGUGAUUUACAAUUGCAUCUACGUACGAAUAAGGCGCGCAGGUCCGGACAGUAAUUACAACGUUUAUUCUCAUAUUUAUUAUUAUUAAACUCACGAUAUUUAUACUCUUUGGUUCUUUCGGUAAAGUCACGUCGGUAGAAAUCAAAUCAAAUAAAUCACGACGUUUCGAUUUGCAACACAAGCAAUCGUCAUUCGGGUGGGAAAACCGCAGCAAGAAAUGUGUUUUGCUGAAGUGUGAGAAGGUUAUAUGGGUGGUGAGAGAAGGGGGGGAGCAAGGGAGGGGGGUAGGGGGUAGGGGAGCGUUGCGUGGACGCUAGGAGAGUGUGCGUGGGACUGCGGCAACAUCGCCAGUGACUAGCUGCCAAAGCAGCAGCAAUGCCAAACGGCGGGGAUGCAAUUGACUUGUCAAAUAUGACUAGUGGCCGUCAAAUAUGACUAGUGGCCGGCAAAUAUGAUGGAACAACCAUGAACAGUUAAGGUUUUACCUGGUUAAUAACAUCCUUCCAAUGGUAAUUGUUUUUUUACCCUUUUUAUCGAUGUUUGUGUAGAGGGAACAGCGGCUUGUGCGCUGCACUAUGAACCCAGGAACCUGAGUUUGAUGAUUAUCAGCCAUUGCGAGCUACCCUGCACAGGGCCAAAUACUUAUUUCCCUCAUGAAAAUGCAAAUCAAUUUAUAACAUUUUUGACUUGCGUUUUUCUGGAUUUUGUUAUUCUGUCUCUCACUGUUCAAAUAAA